AUGUGAAAACAAAUGCUAGAUUUGAGUUGGGUUAACAUAUUUCAGAAAUUAAUCUGUAUAAGCAUCACCAGUGAGCCUGUUUAAAGAGUAAUACUUCCGUAUUAGUGUGUACAUGGGAGUGACCUGCGAAAACAUUCUAACAAUAGUGCUGUAGUCAGUUGUUGCUGUAUCAUCGUGCCAAGGCCAAAUAGCUUCCUCUUCUUGCGCAAAACUAAGUUUUCCGUCCCCGCGCGAUAACAUGGCGUGAGAAAGGAAAAUACACGGAGAAGUAAUCCCCAUCCGAGAAAGUCCUUGUUCCGUAGCCUGGCUGCCUCUGUGUCGCCCGUCGCAACGGUGCGACUUACAAAGCUUUGUAUAUAGUAACGAGAUGAUGGCCUACUGACCAUUGUAUUAAACACCUUUGGAAUGGUGAUUUUGCACGCAAUCAUGGACAAAAAUACAAGCGGACCUCAAUACAGUCGAAUGGAAAGCAAUACAGUUAAUAUAACUUAUCGGGUUGGCUGGGGAGCCGCAGACCCCCGGAGUAAAAAGCAAAUGAGUGAACCUGCUAAGAGGGUGGUUAUCCACCACACGGCGAUCCGGUCUGGUGCUACCCCACAGGACUGUAUACAGCAAGUAACCCGUAUACAGAAGAUGCACAUGAAGGACAGAGACUUCGAUGACAUCGGAUACAACUUUUUGGUCGGGCAAAAUGGGAUGCUAUAUGAGGGGCGCGGAUGGGGCAUCGUGGGAGCGCACACCAAGGGACAUAACCAGGAUUCAGUUGGCAUCGCUGUCAUGGGCAAUUUUAACAGUAACGAAUUUUUUUUUUAUGAUGACUUGCCCACCUCCGCAGCAUUGUCAUCUGUCAAACGGCUGUUACAGGACGGGGUGUCACGGGGCUGGCUGCACUCCAAUUAUACCAUCUUUGGGCACAGGGACUUGGCGAAUACCGAGUGCCCCGGAGAUAAACUUUACCCUGAAAUACAACGCCUCAGGUCGGAUAGGGACUAGGGCUACUGUUAUUCUCUGAUAUUUUUGGAAAUGUUCUGAUUGAGAAGAGAAAGUGAAGGAGAGUGGGGUGAAACAAUUGCUUUGUUCAGGGUUUCCCAUCUCACAACCAUGCACUGGAUGGACUUUUGCAACUUUGGUGACUCCGUAUGUGUGAACAUCUCAUGUUAAACAGAUAACAGUGGCCGUUAAAACUAUUUGUAUCUGUUACACGACAAUUUUAGGUACUGAAAUACUUACACUUUGCCUACGCAACCGAUGUAGGACAUCGUCUAAAAAAUCCUGCUCAUAAACUCUGAGAACCAACUCCUACCUCUACAGAGAGCACAUACUGAAACAAAUACCAGUGCUGUCGGUCACUUUGGGGGAAAAUAGAUAGGAUGGAAAUAAUUACAUGUACAUUUUUAUAAUGUUUAAUAUAUUCUGUCGAAAUGUUAGCUAAAUAUUCAGCACACUUCAUGAUUCGUAUGCUUAAAAUGUCCAUAUUCAUUCAUGCAAUAAGCUAAUAAAUGUUUUUGUGAAAUGAUUCUGAAA